AAAAAUAUAAAUUAUUCCACCCAUGUGUUAAAAUUUAGAUUUCUUUCUGUGAAAUGAGACCAUUUUUUAUCAGUUUACUCCAAUGUAUGUGAGUAGGGCACCAUUUUAAAAUCAGUAAAAAUUCCAAAAUAUGCUGCAGAGCUCAAGGGGUUAAAUAAAGUUUAUUGAUUCAUUUUAAUUUAUUCAUUUAGGGUUGGGUGUGGGAUAGGUCCCUAAAUAAACAUCCAUGUGUGGGUGUGUUUAUGUGUUGAAAGCAAAAUUUACAAGAGACUCCGUAGAAGAUAUAAAAACUUCAAAAAUCCAGACAGACUGAGGACAACAGCAGAGAAGAAAACAUCUGAGAACAAACAAUUACAGGAGUGGCGAAAGUCAAAUUUCCACAGAAUUUCCACAAGACCCAAGCCAAAAUAUAAAAACUCACAGUUAAAUGUUUCUACCAGACUGAGGACGACAGCAGAGAAGACAGCAUCUGAAAACAAAUAAUUACAGGACCAUGAGACUUUACAUCCUUUUCAGUUUUCUGCUUUUGGCUGUGAUUUGCAGCUGUCUUGUUGAUGCUAGUCAAGUGAAAUUUGGCCCCCUCUGCAGUGGUAACUCAAGUAACCGCAAAAGAGGAUGUGAUGAAACAAAGUAUGGCUGUGGAAACUAUGGAGCCAGCCGAGGCGGUGGAAAACGGAAACAUGAGGGUCUUGACAUUGUGUGUGCUGAUGGAGCCACGGUUUAUGCUCCAUUUGAUGUGAAGCUGAACGGCAAAGCUGUACCAUACAACAAUAACAAUGCUAUCAAUGAUGGCAUUAACUUGAGCGGAGAAGGUCUCUGCUUCAAGCUGUUCUAUGUUAAGCCGGACAGUUACUCUGGGACCCUGAAGAAAGGGCAGAAGAUCGGAACUCUGCUCCCCAUGCAGAAGGUUUAUCCUGGCAUCACUUCCCACGUUCACGUUCAAAUGUGUGACAAAUCAGAUCCCACCAAGUACUUCUGAUGCUGAUGGAGCUGAUGGCCACCUGAUAACCACUUCAGAAUUUUGUGUCAUUUAUAUCAGCUUUCUUUCUAUAUGCUGGUGCCCUGUACUUUGCAAUCUAAUAAUAAAGUUUUGAAGACUAUUA